AUGUCUGAAUCUCCACUCGUCCUCGUCCACCGGCCACCGACAUUUGAUUACAUGGACGAGCUUCUGAGCCAUAACUUCCGUAUUCUCACCACUCACCAAACCUCAUCGGCUCCACUCCCGGUCUCCCUCUCCCGUCACGCCUCCUCCAUCACAGCCGUCCUCAACAUGGGCAUGCUCAAGAUUGACGCCGACCUCCUCUCUCACUUCCCUUCUCUCCAGCUCAUCGUCUGCACCAGCGUCGGCACCGACCACAUCGACCUCCCUGAGUGCAAGCGUCGCGGCAUCUCCGUCGCCAACGCCGGCGAAGCCUACUCGGAGGACGUGGCGGAUUGCGCCGUUGGGUUGCUGAUUAGCGUCCUCCGUCAGAUUCCGGCGGCUGACCGUUACGUCCGGUCCGGGAAGUGGGUGAAAUCCGGAGACUUCCAGCUAGGGAGCAAGCUAAGCGGGAAGCGAGUUGGGAUACUUGGACUAGGGAGCAUCGGGUCUCUUAUCGCUAAAAGACUCGAACCCUUUGGUUGCAUCAUCUCUUACAACUCGAGGAGACAGAAACAGAGCAUCCCAUACCUUUACUACCCGGACGUUGUCUCCUUAGCAGCAAACAACGACGUCAUCAUCCUCUGCUGCGCUCUGAAUGAUCAAACGCGUCACAUUGUGAACAGAGAAGUGAUGGAGGCGCUUGGGAAGAACGGGAUUAUAAUCAAUGUGGGACGAGGAGGACUGAUUGAUGAGAAGGAGAUGGUUAAGUGUCUGGUUGAAGGUGUGAUUGGUGGUGCCGGUUUAGAUGUGUUUGAGAAAGAACCGGAAGUUCCUGAGGAGUUGUUUGGUUUGGAUAAUGUUGUCUUGUCUCCACAUGCUGCUAUGGAAACGUCAGGGUCUUUAGACAAUAUUGCGCAGCUUGCUUUAUCUAACUUGAAGGCGUUUUUCUCCAACCAGCCUUUGAUUUCCCCGGUUCGGUUUGAUUGAGAGAUCGUCCGGUUUGAUCAAAGCAGCUAGUAACCAACCUAUUUUAUUUUUUUUAAUAAUGUGAUUAUGAAAAAAAAAAGUAUAUUGUUGAUCAUUGACUCCCAUAUAGGAGUUGACAAACAAAAAAAAGACUCCCAUAUAGAGGAAGACAGGGAGAAGAUAUCAAAGUCAAGAUGCUAAUGCGUAAUUAUAGAAGCGUUGUGUGGAGGAAUUAAAUUACUUCCAAAAUAUUUUAAUGAUCAAAUAAUGAUUUAAAGUUUUCGAGUUUAAAAUAGUUAGAAGUCAAACCGAAAAUGUCUAUAUUCCAGUUUAUAUAGGCUUUUGCCAAUUGCAUUAGCAUUUUUAUCCGUGUUAUCAUGUCGUUUGCUAUGUGUGUCUGUUUUUUUUUUUCCUUUAGAGUUGUACUUUUUGUUAAAUUGAUAUGAACUCCAUAUGGAAUUAGUGAUUUAUAUACUUGUAAUUUUUUGGAUAAAUAAAGUUGUACUAUACC